GACCUUCCUUGCUGCAGUUUCUGGUCGAAGAGGUUCUUUUCACCCAUGUCCCUUUUGGAGAUAUCUUGAUCGACCCUCAGACUGAGGGAUAUAAGAUGGACAGGCCCGUCCCACCUUGAAUCAUCUCGGCAUCCUUCUCUCAUUUCCAUCUCUCCUUCGAGCACUUGCUUCUUCCUUCAAAGGUUAUUGACCUUUUGUUUGUAACAUUCGUCUUCCAUCUUUUCGAGUAUUUCUAUUUCUCAAUUGUCUGUGACAAGAGAAAAAUUUCAAUACCACUACAUUCCUUGAGACACUUUCAGCGAAAGAACGAAUUCCAUUCCUUUAUCGACACAUUAAGAAGAAUAUCGAAUUCUUUGACCUUGAAACAACAAUCUUUUUGAAGAUUAUAACCACAUCCAUUCUCUACAAGUACAACACCAUCUUUCGACUUUCACAACGAUCUUUCAACCACACAAAUAGAGGAAAUCUAUACAACAACAAACUACCAAGAUUUUUCCGUCAGGCACGAUUAAAAUCUUCAACCACUCAUUCAAUAUGUUUUCCAAAGCAUCCAUCGUAGCGUUUGCUCUCGCAACUGUCAGCAAUGCUCACAUGAUCAUGACCAGCCCAAUUCCAUAUGGAGUCGACUCUCUCAACAGCUCUCCUUUGGCCUUGGACGGAUCCGACUUCCCAUGCAAGCAAAGAACUGGAGUCUACGAAGUCACCACUCAAAACACCAUGGAUCUCGGUGGAUCUUAUGAUCUCGCAUUCAAGGGUAGUGCCGUCCACGGAGGAGGAUCUUGCCAAGUAUCUAUCACCUAUGAUGAAAAUCCCACUGCCUCAAGCACAUUCAAAGUCAUUCACUCCAUCAUCGGCGGUUGCCCCAUGAAAAACGUUGCCGGAAACAACGGAGACAACGCCAAUGCCAUCGAUCCAGACACAUACAAUUUCACUAUCCCCACAACUCUUCCAACAGGCAAAGCAACCCUCGCCUGGACUUGGUUCAACAAGGUCGGAAACCGUGAAAUGUACAUGAACUGUGCACCCGUGACACUCACCGGCGGCUCCAGCAAGCGCAGCGACCUCAUCGCACGCGACCAAGCUGCUUUCAAUGCUCUCCCAGACAUGUUCACUGCCAACAUUGACAAUGGCGGUUGUUCGACAAAGGACUCUACGGAUUUAGUUUUCCCAAACCCAGGUGAUUCUGUUGAUUAUGAUGAGGGUUCCACAACUGCUACUGCUGGACCAACUGGUUCUUGCGCUACUGCCGCCGGUGGCGCCGCUACUGUAAAGCCUACUGGAACUGGAACUGGAAGUGGAGCCACUAGUGCUGCAGCUCCAUACGGUACAGCUCCCGCAUCGACCGCAACUUCGCUCCCAGGAGGUGUUUUUGUCUCGAUUGCUACUGGUACUGGCGCCGCUACUUCCGCCGCGACCUUGGCAGCAACUUCAGCAGCAGGAGCUGUCCCCACCGUCGCCACUACUGCCGUCAGUGUCCCAACAACCCCAACUUCUGUUACCUCCGCCGUGGCACCAGCUGGCACCGGCUCAUCAUCAACCUCAUCUUCGGGAGCCCUCACCGGUGCCUGUACAAGCGAAGGAAUGUUUAACUGCAUUUCUGGAACCUCUUAUCAACAAUGUGGUAGUGGCACCUGGAGCGUCGUCAUGCAGAUGGCUUCCGGAACCACCUGCACGAGUGGCCAAACGAUGAACAUGGUCAUUGCCAAGAGAAACGGAAUGGGCUUGAUGCGCCAUGUUGCUCGACGGGGAUUGGGCGCUGAGAUGUUUAAUUAGAUCAGCUUGCUGACUUUCUUAAUUCACUCUCGGAUCCUGGUUGGUGAGAUGACGGUACCGGGCGAUUUGAGCUCGCAGGACGUUCUUGAAUCGAGGAUUCGAUCGGGACAUAUGAGGUUUCUCCGAGUAUGGCAUGAUGCAUUUACACACACAGCACAGCGCGCGUUGCAUUUCCCAUCCUGUUUACUUACAGGGUGAGUUGGACACUUUUACAACUUGUACAUAUUAUUCUACCACUUUUCUUUCCUUCUAUUUUCUUGUGAUACUACACGUUCGUUGUCUUUGAAGGCUCUUGUGAUGAUGACUUAUGACUGGAGAACUGGAUCGGUGCAUGGAUGGAUGGAGGGCAGGGGUUAUCACCAGGUGUGCAAAUGAGACAGGCAGGAUGGUAAGGUAUGCAUAGAUAGAGAUUUUAUUCACUGCAAUGAAUUUAUGUUAAAAACA